AUGGUCGUCUCACCCUCAGCAUAUCCGAAGCGCUCCUCAUUCUCGUCGGCACCCGGGAGGGGAAAUCGCCAUCAUGAGCGUCGCCACUCGUCCGGCUACAGACGCGAGUCCCCAUACGAUAACUCACCACUCCCUGUCUCGCGCACCGACUGUCCCAAGGACAUCAAUGCCUUCUCCUACGACCCCCAGCACCUCAACGCAUGGUACAUGCCAAACGAGCUGUGGAUCCGGCUCCCACCAAGCCUUUUAACCAGUCUCAUGGCCCUGCAAUACGCAGGCGCCGCUGUUCUGACCGGCUUCGAGCGACUUGAGCAGCUCGGGACUAGUCUCCCGGAUCUAGCCGAGGAGGAUGAGGGAAGCGACGGACUCGACGCCGGCGCCGCAGCCACCGGCACCUUCCCGACCCGGGUCCAGAAACUCGAGGCCCGCCAUUCGCGGCACGACUCCCUCGGGUCCAGCGGCUCGGCCUCCACGCUCCCAAGCCUGACGCACUCCGAUCCGACCUCCCCAACUACCUUCGCCAUCACGGUUCCGGGGUCACCAAUCCCAGAAUACACCCUCGUCUCCAGCGCUACCAGCACCAAGAGACUAGACGCAAUCCCCCACGACUUCUCCCCCUACCCACCACCAAGCACGAGUCUGCAUCUCCUGUCCACCUCCGGCCGCGCCACCCCGCCCUCGCCGCACGACAACAUCUCUCCGCUGCUGAAGCCUUUCCCCUCCACCACGACCAUCCCGACGGAUCCAGCCACGGCGUACUACCACGCCGAGCUGAGCCACCUGCGCUCGGACGCGCUGGUGCGGCUGCGACAUGCGGCGCUGCGGCUGGAUGCCGAAUGGGCCGAGUGCAAGCGGCUUGGCGAAAGCGAGGAGGCCGUGGAAGCGGAGUUCGAGAUGUGGUGGGGAGAGAUGAGGGAGAGGGUUCGGGGGUUGGAUGGGCGGGGGAAGGCGCUGGCGGCGGGGAGGUAG